UGUUCUUCAUGUCAAUUGUUAGUUGAACCUGUUUAAUUAUGAAGUUGACGAUUAAACAAUUAAGCCAAUUAAGUUUGUGCUUUCCCACUAGUCACAUUUGUGUAUUGAUGGAUAUAAUUCAGUGUAAAUCUUAGAAAUGCAUUAAUAGCAGUACCUAAGGUACCAAAUUUGCUAUUUGUAUUUUAACAUAUUUUGCUUUGAGGACAUUAUCUUUCUGUGGUGAAGUAGAAAUGAAAUAGUUUGGUGUAUAUCAUUAUUUAUAUCUUACCUCUUACUGUAAUACUCCACAAACAUGGAAGCAAAGUGUGAUCACAGUUGUGACCAGUGGGAUUAAACCCCAAUGUAAAUCAACAUUCUGUCAUUAUUUAAUUUGGAGUCUCUCUCUCUCUCUCUCUCUCUCUCUCUCUCUCUCUCUCUCUCUCUUUUUGAUUGAACAAUUCUUUCUAAGAUAUUUUUUACAUUGUAAUUAUGCUUGUUUAUUCCAUUAAUUUUAUAUAAUCGUUUUUUCCCUCAUGAAAAUUGCCCUAUGUGUGGAAUUCAGCAUGCUGGCUAUCCGUAAAAGACGUAGAAGACCUCAGCAGGAUGCUGAAGAUAACAUCAUAUUUGAAACUGAAAAGCCUGGUCUUCAAGAGCAGUACAUCAGCAAAUAUAAAGGCCGUGGCGUUUUCACCACUGAAUCUUUCUGCAGAGGAGACUUUGUUCUUGAAUACAGAGGUGAACUUCUGAGUUCAAAGGAGAGUCUUGAACGAACUAAAAACUACACUGAAACUGAGAGCACAUUCUUGUUUGAUUUUCAGUGGCAUGGAAAAUAUUGGUGUAUGGAUGCAUCCAAGGAAGACAAGUCCCUGGGAAGACUUGUCAACGAUGAGCACAAAAAUCCAACUUGCAAAAUGAGAACUGUUGAAGUGAAGAAAAAGCCUCAUCUUUGUCUAUUUGCUGUACGAGACAUUUUACCAGGUGAAGAAAUCACUUACAACUAUGGCGACUCGGACUGGCCGUGGAGAGCCAAGUCUUUAAAUGAACCGUCAACAGAAUCCAGUGAUGUAAAAUCAGUCAGCAGUUUGGGCCCACAGAAAUCGCAGCGGUUUCAAUCAAGAAUGUCAAAGUUGCGACAACAUCAUGAAGAUUGUUAUAAUCGCUUUAAAAGAGCAGAGACUGAGAGGAAUGAGAGUGAAAAGAAACAUCUCAAGCUAUUGCAUGAUCAGCUGUCCCCGUCACCCACUGAAGUAUGCACAUCUGAUACACCAUCACAUUCACCACUUAAUGUGCCGCAAUCCUCAUCACCUUUGCCCUGUGCUGCAUCCACCGCAGGGAAUGGCUUAUCACAGGAACCUGAGCCUGUCUCAUUAAGGGAGUACUCAUGGAAAGCCCUCAGUGAUUCAGAUGUUACAGACUACAGCGAUGUUGACUAUGUACCCAAGAGCAGCUCAGACGAAUCAGAUGAUAGUGCUUCUGGAUAUAGCAUGGUUGAAAGUAGCUUAGAUGAAGCUAAUGAAAAGACUUCUGGAAAAGGUAUGGUCAAAAGUUCUCUGAAAAAUCCAACUUCACCUUUUUCACAAAGCUAUAAAGAUACAAGCAGUUCAUCAGACACAGGCGUGACAACACCAUCACCAAAUGCUAAAGUGCAAUGCAAAACCAAAGAGACAGACCCCUCUUCUGAAGAUAGGUCUUUUAUUCAAUCAAUGCCAUCACCUGUGCAGGAUCGCAAGUCAUAUAAGAAGCAGUAUUGUCUUUAUUGCUCUAAGCCUUUUUCAAAAAUGGCAAGACACCUUGAAUCUGUCCAUCGCAAUGAAGUGGACGUUGCAAAGGCAGUUGCGUUUCCAAAACAUUCUAAAGAGAGGCGAAUCCAGUUAAACCUCCUUAGAAAAAGGGGCAACUUUGCCCACAACACAGAUGUGGCAAGAAAUGGACAUGGAGAGAUGGUUGCCUGCUACCGUCCAAAAGAGAGCAAAAAAGCCAAGGAUUUCAUUCACUGUGUUUACUGCCAAGGGCUUUACAACAAGCGUAGCCUUUGGAAACAUUUAAAGAACUGUCCUCUGAAACCUAAAGAUGAUGAAUCCAAGGGCAGGAAAAGAGUCCGAUCACUCUGCGCUCUGAAAACUCCAGUUGGUUUAGAAGUGAGCAAAGGUUUAAAGAAUAUACUUUCCAUUAUGAACUAUGAUGAAGUUUCCCGUGUUGUUCACUCUGACUGCUGCAUCAUGCAACUGGGGGAGCACAUGUUUAAUAGGAUGGGAUCUGAUGUUAAUAAACAUGACUACAUCAGACAGAAGAUGAGAGAAGUUGGCAGACUUCUUCUUGAAGCAAGGAAGAUUACUCGGCUAAGAUCUAUGGUGGACUUCAUCAUUCCAGCAAAUUUCAAACAAGUCAUUUCAGCUGUUAAAGUUGUAUCUGGCUAUGAUGAAGAGAAAAACUGCUACCGCAUUCCCUCUCUAGCUCUCAAACUUGGUCAUUCUUUAAACAAGAUCUGUAGUAUUGUUGAGAGCAAUGCCAUGAUGUACGGAGACCAUCAACGUGCUGAGUGUGCUCGAGACUUCAGAAAAAUACACCAGGCAAGAUGGAACGAAUACAUUUCUGCUGGUGCUUUAACUACUUUAAAAGAAGCCAAGUGGAACACGCCUCAGAUCAUUCCUUUCACUCAAGAUGUCAAAGUUCUGCAUGCACAUCUGGAAAAGAAACACAAACAGUUCCUAAGCAAGCUCAGAAACUGCCCAUCGGCAAAAAGCUAUUCAGCUCUUGCUAAGGUCACAUUGACGCAAGUCAUCCUGUUCAACAGAAGAAGAGAAGGUGAGGUAUCACGAAUGCUUUUGGCAGCUUUUAAAAGCAGGGAUUCUUCUGAGCUACAUGAAGACCUAGCGAUCUGUCUUUCGGAGUUCGAGAGAAAGUUGUGUCUGCACUUCACCCGAGUUGAGAUCCGUGGUAAACGAGGGAGAAAGGUUCCUGUGCUUCUCAAGCCUUCAAUGGUUUCUGCCAUGGAGCUGCUUGUUGAAACACGUGAGGUUUGUGAAGUCCCAGCUGAGAAUCCUUUUCUGUUUGCCAGAUCAGGAGCAAUGCCUGCAUACCGAGGAGGAGAGUGCAUUUACAGAGCUGCUCAGGAAUGUGGCAUAAAGAAUCCAGAAGCACUGUCAUCAACUAAGCUGAGGAAACACAUAGCAACCAUGUCAAAAAUCUUGAACCUUGAUGAGAACGAAGCAGAUCAAUUGGCUGAUUUCCUCGGUCAUGAUAUCAGAAUCCACAGACAAUAUUACCGCUUACCGGAGGGGACGCUGCAGCUGGCAAAGAUGAGCAAGGUCUUGUUAGCAAUGGAAAAGGGAACACUCUCAGACUUCAAAGGAAAGACGCUUGAUGAGAUUGAAAUUGACCCAAAUGAACAAUUUGAACCCCUCGUUAAUGAUAUGUCAAGUGAUGAGGAGGAUUGCAGCGACCCAUCUCAGUCAGCAUCCCCAGAAGAGACGGCUCAACUGUCUGGAUCACAAAAGGAUCAAAGUUCUUUAAAGGCUCCAAAAAGAAAAUGGGAGGACAUUGAGGUAAAAGCAAUAGAAAGGCACAUGAUGAGGUUCAUCAAGACAUGCAAAGUUCCUGGUAAGCAAGACUGUGAAAGAUGCAUUGAAGCAGAGCCAGAGGCUUUGAAGGAGCGAACAUGGACUGGCCUGAAAAACUAUGUGCGAAACAGGAUCACAACUCUCAAAAAAAAGGGUGCUUUGUAGCCGUGUAGAAG